ACAACUAUAUAAAACGGCAUUGCGGUUCUGACUUGAAUUAAAGACUUUAGGAAAAUGGCAUUUCAACCGAAAACCGACUACGAUGCUGUCGAAAAAAUGUGGAGCAGUGAAAGGGAGAAGCCCCAAUUCGGAGAAUCUUUGUCCAUUGGUGAAAUAAUCUUUCAGGAGAUGCGUCGCCAUCCAAAGGGUAUUGCACAGAUAUCGGACUCGGAGAAAACGAUCCUUUUGCGGGAGGAUCUUUUGAGGAACUCUAUUCGCAUCGCCACUUACAUGCGCAACUUGGACCUGUCCCAGUUCGACAUCGUGGGCAUUAUAGCGAAUAAUUCCACCCAUAUCGCGGCCGUUGCCUACGCCUGCUUUUUCAACGGCAUCGCCCUGCACUCUCUAAACUCCAACUAUAUACCCGAAAUCAUUGAGAAGCUGUUCCUCAUCACCAAACCACGACUCAUUUUCUGCGACGGCGAAGCAUACCCAAAAGUGCGAGCGGCCACCGCCAAGUUGAACGUUGAAAUAGUGACAAUGUGCAAUAUUUCGGAGGAUGUUAUCAGUAUUCAGGAGGUGUUGCAGACGCCAGUGGAGAAUGGGUUCAAGCCCACCCCUUUAAAACUGGGAACCGAUCACCAGUUGGCCAUACUCAGCACUUCUGGCUCUACAGGCAAUCAAAAGGCAGUUGUUGUGACCAAUAGCCGAGCCAUUUUAUGCGGAUUUACGCAGCUAACAACCGAGGAUGUUCAGUACGCCUCCAGCGGUAUGGACUGGGCCUUGGGUCUGUAUACGAUAGUCACAUCCGGAGUCUUUAGCACAAGGCGCAUUAUAUCGGAGAAGCCCUUCGAUCCGUCAGAGACUCUGCGCAUAAUCGAUCAGUACCAGGUCACGUGGGUCAUGCAGCCUCCGGGACAAGUGGCAGCCAUUGUAAACUGCCCGGACUUUGAAAAGGCCAAUCUGCAGAGCCUGCGAUACUAUAUAUACACCGGUGGACGGUGCACCAUGGAAGUGCAGGGGAAAUUGCGCCAAAGAAUUGACAGCGGUGUCAUGAACUUCGGCUUUGGCCUUUCGGAAACGGCAUCAUUUUCCAGCCUAAACUGGCACUACGAUGCGAAGCCCAAUUCGGUGGGUCGACCGAGUCCUGGCUACAAGCUGAAGAUCAUCAACGACCAAGGCGAGAGUCUGGGACCAAACGAGGAGGGCGAGGUGUGCCUCAACACGGGCAGCUUUUGGCCCGGCUAUUACAAAAACCCGAAGGCCACGGACGAAGUGUACAAGAACAGCUGGCUCCACAGCGGAGACCUUGGAUAUAUGGACGACGAUGGGUUCUUGUACAUCGUGGAUCGUAAGAAGGACGUAUUGAAGUACGCGGCCAACAAGUACUAUCCACACGAAGUCGAGGAUAUAAUUUCCGGAAUGCCCGGCGUUUUAGAGGUUUGUGCCUUCGGCAUUUGGAACAUGCAGGGUGGAGAUGCGCCAGCGGCAAAUGUCGUCUUAAUGCCAAGUGUCCAUAUUAGUGAACAGGACGUGGAGGAUUAUGUGGCUCAGCAUGCAAACACCGAGUUUCUGAGAUUGCAUGCCGGCUGCCUUUUCAUUAACGAUCUAAAGCGAAGUCCCAAUGGAAAAACAAACCGUGCUGCCAACAAAGAUCACUUUCUUCGGACAAAGGGCGUUCAGAUAGACUCAUAAUUAAGAUAACUUGGUAUAACCAUUUAAAUCUUUUAAUUGUUGU